CCGAUUCUAAUCUUCAUAUCCACUCUAGGGUUUUUUACUCAGUUGCAAGCGUAGUUCAGCUCCCAGCGCAACCGCCGGCUCCUUCAAGACUUCCGCCGUCAUGGGUCGUAUGCACAGCCGAGGCAAGGGUAUUUCAGCAUCAGCGCUUCGGUACAAGAGGACUCCACCGAGCUGGCUUAAGAUAUCUUCUCAGGAUGUAGAAGACAAUAUCUGUAAGUUUGCAAAGAAAGGGUUGACACCUUCUCAAAUCGGUGUUAUUCUUCGUGAUUCUCAUGGAAUUGCACAGGUGAAGAGUGUUACUGGCAGUAAGAUUUUGAGGAUACUCAAGGGCCAUGGACUUGCUCCUGAGAUACCUGAGGACUUGUACCACCUCAUUAAGAAAGCUGUUGCAAUUCGCAAGCAUCUUGAGAGGAACAGAAAGGACAAAGACUCCAAGUUCAGGUUGAUUCUUGUUGAGAGCAGAAUUCACAGGCUUGCUCGCUACUACAAAAAGACAAAGAAGCUUCCACCUGUCUGGAAAUAUGAAUCUACCACCGCGAGCACACUUGUUGCCUGAAGCAGAUACCUGAUGGAAAGUUGGAUUUGUAACUUGAUUAUUAUUUCAGGAAGAGAGUUGCUAGUGAAUCUUCGACUGUUUUUCUUCGUUCUGUUUUUGGAAGGCUUGGUUUUAUUGUGGUAAACUGGGAAUUUUGCUAAGCUUGAUCGUGCAAUUUUUAUAUGAUCUUCCAUGGGGAACUGGAGAAUGACCAGUUGACACGUGUUUUUAUAUAUGGAAUCUGUUUUAGAAAUGAAUGAUGGAAAUUAAGACAACUUUAUCCGAGGCAAAAUUUAUUUUAUUUUAUUUUAGGAGUGA